UGUUCUUUGCUACCCGCCGGUCCCGUGUACUACGUUCGCUGUGUACUGUCCUGAAGAGCAACUCAGCUUCGGGCGUCACCCUCGCCAAGGACAGCUUUCGGUAGCAGACCGAUAGCAAAUCGCUCGCAUUUGCCUCCUCACCAGCAACGACCCGCUGUGUACAUACCGCAUAUCAAGCUACUGAACCGCUAAAUAGUCAAACAAGAAACCAGGCAAUUACUUGCUUAUUGCCCCGCCGUUGCCAACAAAUGCCUCCGUUGGACCUUUUUUGGGGCAAAUAGACAUAGCGGAUUAUCAAACACGAAACGCCGUUCGAACUAGUGAUUCAAGCUGGUGAUUAUGUACCGCCGAUACAAAAUCUACAGCAGGCGAUAGUGCUGCUUCCGGUAACGUUGAGGAUCGCUAUCUCGUUUUGAGGCUGCGCCCUUUAGACUGACUCGGUAUACUUGAUUCGAUGAUCAAAGGAAACCAUCAGCGGUGAUCUUGAAGUAGGAUAUCAAGAAAAAAUAUAAUAAAGUAAGAAACUUUUAUGCUUGUCAUCUCUAAAGAGUGUGAAGUAUCGACAGGCACUAAUUGCCGUAAGCUUAUAUGAGAAUUUAUAUGGAGAACUAAGGACGAAUAAAUGUACGACAAAACGGUUAUUGUGCGUCGUGAGGAAAAAAGUACAGCCGGUAAAAAUCACCAGUUUGAUUCAGAGAAUCGUCAUUUGCUCUGAAUUCAGUCAGAAAGUCUCGUUUCAGUUUACGAAAGUCGUCACAGAUGAAAAGUGCGUUGGGGUGCCCUGUGGUUAUUCUGGAUCAAGUCGAAACUAAGGAGUGCGGUGCAUGCUUGAGCGGAAAUAUGGUUUUUUUCAGGAUUCUAUCUGCUCAGUAGACGGAUGUGCCUGUUCAACGUCCUCUACCCGUAACAACAAAGCGGCAAGUAAUCUAAGGAUAGGGGUAGUUCGGCAUCGUCAUGGAAUGCCAACCGAGCGUUGGGACGGUUUUAUUGCUGCUGUUGCUUGCUAGCAGCUUGUACGCAGCCAACGGGACGCUGCCUUCUGACCCUGCCGAAGCAUCCCGACAACCCGCCGCCGGACAUUCUCGGCGCGCUCCUAAAAUCAAACGCUCUCCAUAUGGAUACAUCAUUCGCGGAGAACACCACAGGGCGACAUUUCAAAUUGGAACUCCUGACGAAACUAGAUUAUUCGGGAACCCCGCCGGAUUUGACAUUAAGGCAUUCCAGCAAUCAGCGCAGUCAUUUUUAAGCGAUUCAAAUAGAUCAAGCUUUCUACAAAGUGUGCCAGGCUCUGUCACGAACGGUCUUAAUGUGCUCUUAAGCGCCGGAUCUUUCCAUUCCCAGCAGAACACUUCUGACGCAGUCGUAACGCACGCUCAAUUACCUUCAGCAUUCAACUAUCGCCAAGUUGUUCUGAAUCAUGUUCCUGGUGCCAGUUCACUGAAUGGUGGACUGGUUCUUGGCGAGAAAGGAGCGCCGGUGUCUCCACUUGCUGACUUUCCUUCUAAACCUGCCCCAAUUCCACAACCACCACUUUCGCUGCCCCCCUUGCCUAGAAUGCCUACUCUGCCCAAGGUAUCUGUACAACCAUCGUUUGAGUUCAAACCCAGCAUUCGAACACUACCGAGAGGACAUGAAGGUAGCACGCAAUACUUUGUGUUGGGCCAAAAGGCAACGCAGACACCUUAUUUAUUCAACGUCCUUGAACUACCUACGCUAAAUCCUUUGCAUUCGUGCUCGCAUCCCUUCCACAAUCAUCCAACAGUUGUUGCUUUGAGCGAAGAUCCAACGAGACCCAAUGUGGUUGUCAUGGUGAACCCGAUCAACCCGUCGCAGGCCCCAUUUCCGACAUUGAACCCGCCCUUAUACACGCAAGAUUUGGGCAUAGAGGUACCGCAGAUAGUUCCGACUAGAGUUCUGGCUCAGCCAACUUUAGCGCCACCUCUGCCUCUUCCACUACCCGCGUUGCCGCCAGUUCCUCGCCUUUUCUCCAACCUCCCGAAAGAGAUGUUUUUCUGGUUCAGAGAUAAUAACAAAAACUUCACGCUCGUCCCCAGCUUCAACGACUUUAUAAAAAAUUAUCAGAACCCACUGCUUAUAACACGUCCUGUGCAAAACACCUUUUUUAGACCCUUUAUACAUAGUUCUCGCCAGUUCAGUCGAGGUUCGCCAAUAACCGGAAAAGGACCCGUGUUUAGGAAAAAACCCUUCGUGUUCAACUACUUCCCAGCGCUGACUUCUAAUUUUCCGUACGAUGCUCCGUUUCUGACACCUGAAGGUCGCAGUGGGAAGAGAGGCCAUCCAAGCGGUACAUCCAUGACCAUUUCCCGUAACCUGGCGAAGGACUCUAGGUCUGCGCCGGCUAAACAUGUUCCUCCCAAAACAACAACACCAAAACCCGAUAUUUCUACGACAUUCCUAAAUAAAGACACUCCGGACGAGACCGACAGGUUGGAGGAUUCAUUGACAGAAAAUUCAAAGUCGCUUGGCUCGAACGACGUAGUCUUUACGAUGACAACAGCAACAACAGAGGAGGCACGCGAUGAAUCCGGGAAUAGCGACAUUUCACCAUUAGGUAAAAAAGAAAUUAAACCAUCUGCUACCCAAAGCGAUGCUGUAGUUGUAACGAAGGAACCCAGAACGACAAUAAUUCCUGUCGAUACAAGUGAUACCGACAUGACUGCCACCAGCACCAGAGCACCGAGCUUUGAUAAGAAGAACUCAGGUAAAAGCGAUAACUCCGAGACAUCUAUACCGACAACAGACAGAGAAUAUGACGAGAAUGGCCUAACGGUUAAUAGGACUAGUAAGUCCUUCACCGAUAAUGACUACGAUCAGUUAUUUGUGGACUUCACCGACCCCAAUAGUAUUCAGAAGGCAGUUAAGCCUGACCAAAACUUGACAACGACGAGCACUACCACGACAGUCACGGGAAGAGCCGGAGCUACAACAAUAACCAUGGGCUUGAAAACAACAAAAUCACCUUCAGUCUCAUCUACUGAAAGAACUCGCUUAGACGAGUACGACGAUUAUUUCGUUGACUUCUUUGAUCCCCAUCCUUCAGGACCAAGACCUAAAACCUCGAGUACCACAACAACGACCACGUCGACCUCUCUGAAGCCGUCAGAAAAGAAUGAAACGGAAUCGCCAACGAUAACGAGAGGAGAGACUCAGGCACUGCCAUUACCUACUCCAAACACAGCGGGAGUCAGGAACGAGCAAACAACGACAACCACACAACCCACAACUGAGGCGUCUAUGACCACUCCAAAUGAAGUAACUAUAACAACUGAGCAACAAGUAAUUACCACGAAUGAACGAACGAUGGACGCAUUAACUACGACGAAAACGGCUAUAGAGCUCACCGAAGGGGCAAGCACAGAAAAAAUUACUACUGUUAUGGAGUUGCCGAUUACUACAACAAUAAAUGAGCCUACAACGGAGGCCCAAGCAGAUGCCCCAAUUGCACCAGCAGAUCAUGCAAUCACGAGCUCCAAUGAAACCACCAAAAGAGUUGAACCGGAUGCGGAUGCUACCACUGAGGUCUCGCUGUUGCCGCCACCGCCGCCAACAGGAACAACAACAGAAAAGAUGCAGACGAACAAUGCAGACGAACCAGCGAUGGUAGAAUCGACCUGCAACUCUGAGAUGGUAAAAACAAUUAAAGAAGAUAAGGCGGUGGCAAUGGGAGUUGAGGCAAACAGUACUACAGAAGAGUCUCAAACAGAACAUUCCGUUGUCGUAACAGAUGACGCUCAAGAAAACUUUCCGAUAACUGCCAAUGUUAAUUACGCAAACGAAAAGGAGGACGCACCACUGUUGCCACCUCGAUGCCCUCAAGAUGAUGGCACAACAACAGAGACCAGCGCCUCGACGACAGAGAUACCUGAAGUCAGUAAAGUAGAUGAGCCUACAGAACGAGAUCACAAGCUGGCAGGGCGAGAUCUCGUUGUUGGUAUUAAGGGAGACUCAAAUGACACGAGUGAUCCGUCUUCCAAUGACACAACCACCAUUCCAUACGACCUCACUAAGACCCGUGUAUCCUUAACAACUGUUGAAGCCAGUACAGAACCAGUUGUGCACACUACAGUUAAGGCAGUACCAACUGUCGAAGUUAGCACAGAGCCUACGAAACGGCCAGAAGCAGAAACCGUCCCAACCACGACGUCCGAAACCACCGUCGCAGGAACAACAACAAAAACAAUAGUGACGUCUACAUUAACAACAAAAACGACAGAGAUGACGAAUUCGGAAGACGCGACUUCAUCGGAGGUGACUACAACAGAGACAGCAGGAACAGCAAAAGCGAGAGCAACAACAUCAACCACGACAGUGAAAACAACAUCAGUAGCUUCUACGAUAACAGCUCAAGCUACAGCGACAUCCUCUAAUGGCAGUGUAACACCUUUAAUGACCACAGAGCCGACCUCAGCAGAAUCGUUUACUAAAGAUUCACCAACGACAGAAAAUUCAGACCGUCGUGGAAAAGCGCUUCCCGCUCCAGAAGACAAUGAAGAGCAGCACAGCGUUCCAAAAACCGUCCUCAUCAAUGGGGACACUCGGAACUAUUCCGACGUACAAGACAAUCACCCCGUAGUGAACGACGUCGGCAUGAAUGCUUCCGAUCCGCGUAAGCGGCGCGCAGCAAACUGGUUUGUGUGGCUACUGGACAGUGAAAACAUUGGCAAGUCAUUCGUGGGUGACGUAGGCCGAUUCACGUCAUCGCGCGACAUAAUCUAUGUUAUCGCUGGGGCUGUCCUGGUGUCAACCGUCUUUGCCAUGAUGGGAUUGUACUGUACACUUAAAUCCAAGGCACCAACACACAGCCGCCAAAUUAGAUGAGUUAUUCAUCUGCAUUGCAAUAGAAAAAAGUUGCCGAAAACUUUCGCAGAUUGACUCAGGCCAUUUAUUUCAGUUAAAUCUAUUUUAGUUACUCUGGUUUUGGUUUCACAUAUUUAUCAAGAAACGAUAUAUGCAGAAAGUGUUCAGCAAAAUUCUCCUUGUGCCCCAGUGAACAUAAUUCUUACGGAUUCGAUUAAGAAAUCUUUUUAGAUUUUCGUUUCCAGAGUGACCGUUUUCAGAAUAUUGAAAUGAGUUAUGAACGAUAUAUGAAAUCAACGAUUUUAUAAAGCCAGUGGCUGACCGCCUGAAAUAUAUUUCAGAAAACAAUUACCCAUGCCAUAAUAAUACUUAGAAAAAGCGGAACCUUUGUCUCUAAAAUAAUAAAAAUAAUGUAUAGGAACGGAUUGCAUGUGAUAACAACUAUGUAUACCACUAUGAGUGGUUAUAGACAGGAGAUUAUUAUCGCGACAUCCAAGACCUACAAAAUUAGUAACGGUUUUAAUCAAAAUUGCCUCAUCUUGCGGAAAUUUGUACGAUACCCUAAAGCCGAGUUCAAGCUGGAAGCGUUUGAAAGAAAAGCCUUCGACGGAGAGCGUAUAGUUAUGCCCAGAGAUUAAGGCUGAAGUGAGUUACUUUUAAGCGUUGAAUUAAUCAAUUUACGAAGCCGACAGUGCCGUUAACGAAGGGCAUCUCAAGGAAAACUGAAUUAUCAUUAGCGCAAGGAUUUUUUUCUAUUUAUUGGAGUGGUACCUAUAUCAAUCGAUGUUAAAAAUAGCAGGGUAAAUAGAAAAUAAGAAGGAUCGCUUGCCGUUCUGUAAAUAGCAAAGUAGCAUAUUCAAACUAAGUAAGUGGAUAUAACGCUCAACAAAUCGACUGUAACAAGAGCAAUGUAAAUAUAAUGAACGUCGGAUUGUAAAUAAAUGAUAGAAGAAAAUUAGUCAAAAAAGUAAAAUGCCAAAAGAUAUAUACACUCAAGUUUAUAUAUGUCACAUUUCUAACGCCACUUUCAGAUCACUGUACAUAUUAUGUGACGUGAUUCUUUGCAAAACGGCCUGAGUUCAAUAUAAUUUAAUUCAAAGAAUUCACUUUUGAAGGAGAAUAAGAUCACAGAAGAAGGAGAAUAAGCUCUUUAAUUUUUAUAUCUAUAUUUCAAAGCAGAACUAUCAGUGAACUAAAGACGCGAUUUUGUUCUUAAUUUUAGCAUAGUCCUAAUAAAAUCAAUAUAUACUGAAAUCAUUCACAUGUCCAUUUUCGACGUGGACACUAGUGUUUUCUCGGACAUUAAUGUGCUAGAUUUUCUCGGGUGUCCGUCAUUAUUUUGAGUUUAUAAUUUACUUUAAAAAUGUCAAAUAAGUUUCAUCACUUCAAAUUGUACGAUAUUUAAACAACGGUAAUGAUCAUACGGUGCUGUUCAUUGCAAAAAGCUCAAUCUGAAAUUUUUUAAUAUACGUAUUUCUUUGAAUAUCCCGAAUAUUCUCCAGUCUACCAAAUGAUCUCAGCCAUGUUUUCAACGUAACUUCAAAGACCAUAAGUCUAUAUAACACGCAGACUUGAAUGGUAAUCUCCCAUGCAAUAAUUAUAGAAAUAUGAAAGUUUCAAAAAGGCCCUUUUGAUCACGGAAUUAAACGUUUUUUUUUACGCAAGCAAUAUAUUUUAGAUAACUUGUAGAAUGUUUUCGCUUUGAAUUACGCCAAGCCAGUUCAAUAUGCAGAGAGUUUUUGAAGGAUCUUACUUCAGAAUUGCACAGCAACCCUUUUUGCACCAAAGCACUUUAUUAUUACGUUGUCCGUAGCAGUUUAGCAGAUCGACAAACGAGAAUAAAUUUCAAACUACGCGCCAGUAGUAAAUGAUAUGCUGUCAAGAUUUACAUCAAGUCCUUGGCUAUCUACAACCAUGAGCCAAUUGGGUGUCAUAACACACUGACGACCAAGUUAGACAACACCUUUGCAUCUGAAUUCAUUAUGGUGAUGAUGGUGAUAAUUAUCUGGUGACACUUUGUCAGCGUGUAGCCGUAGAUAGCCAAAGAGUUGAAAUUACUAUUUUUGAAAAAAUAAUUGGAAAAAUAUCAAACAAAAUAAAUAGCUAAACAGUUCCGCCUGUUCGGCAUAGUUUUAUUAAUUAUUUUAUUUUAGGUAAAAAUGACACGCAUCUGGGUGACUUCGCUAAUAUGUUCUACAUGAAUGAAACUCUAUAGAUAUUGAUAUAGUAACAGCAAAUCACAAAUACGACAUGUCUGGGACAAAUAGGUAAUAUUGUUCUGAUUCGGAAGCUGGUGUGCGUAACUCGACUUCAAACAUUUCUAAAAUUUGAGGUGGCUGUCCGAUUCGAUAAUAUUUAUUGCAUAGAGAAUGAAAGGAGAUAAAUAUCAGUAUAUUAGACUAAUUAAAUAGAUCGUGCCCUAUUUCCAUUUUUAAAUUUUAAUUAAAAAUGCGCUUUACUAGCAAUAUCUUAUGGUUGCCUUGGUGGGCUCGGUUGCUUUUGAGUCUUCCGUACUUAAAGAAGCCACAUGGAAAUAUUUAGCUAUUACUAUGUAAGAAAUAAUUACAUUACGUUUAUGCUUAUUUUUAUAGAUACUGCACUUUAAAACUUACUGUAAAAUACACCGUACUUAUGAUAUCAGAAGCGUAGGCAAAAAUGUAUUACGUCGUAACUGGCUAUUUGUUCUGCUUCAUGUGCAAAAUUUGGUUUUGUGUAGUUGGAUGAUAGGAUGGUGGUAUUUAGAUAUAUCUCAAAGAAAAAACAGGAAGUUGUUGGUAUUUUAUCUAAUGCUUCACAAGCACCGUUGAGAGGUUUAGCUUAUGCAACUUUUCUCGUAAAAGUCUAUAAUAAGGGUUGUCUUACAUGUCUCGCAUCUUUCUUGCUGCAUAAAUACGCUAACGACAAAAUUUUUUUACAGGUGGCAAUUAAUUAGUAUAAUUCCGUAAACCAAGGCCUGAUUGAGUACCCUGCUCAAAAUUGAAACUUGAAAGUCAUUAACGUAAAGCAUUUGAAAUAUUACUAUAAGGUUCUAAUAACAAUUUAGCGUUCCGUUAACAC